AUGUUCAAACGAUCAUUCAACACCCGCGAUGGUCGCAUCAUCAAGUCGAAGCCCAUCAAGAAUACCUAUCCCGAACAUGUGAAGAGAAAGAUGCAGGACACAGUGGACGAAGGCUCGGCGGUGGCUAGUACGUUGACGAGUCCCAUCGCUACUCUUGUGGUGGGUCAUGAACAGCGCCUCUUCGCCGCUCAUGAAGACGUCCUCUGUCAUUCCGCCUACUUCGCUGCCGCCUUGAAAGGCAACUUUCUCGAAGGUGGCUCGAAGCGAGUGGAACUGCCGGACGAAGAACCUGAAAUCUUGUCCUGCGUGCUCGAGUUUCUAUACAAGGGGGACUACUAUCCUCGCUUGCUGCACAACAAGCGCCGAAACACUUGGGAUCUCGAGGAUGCUGUGCAGGAUCUAAAAAACGGUGGUCGCGGAAACGCCGCUUCGACAAUCUUCAUUUCCGACGUGGGCGAUAUCCUCCGGGAUACCGUCAUCUACUGCGCUGCCGACAAGUAUGGUCUGGAGGAACUGAAACGCCUUGCUCUUCGUAAGCAAGGCCUCCAGUCCGGAAUCCAGGUCGACGUGAUCUUACGCUCGGCUCGGUAUGCGUACCAAAACACGCCGGACACAGAAUCGCGCCUCCGCGCUCAUUACCUUGCCCUGAUCAUCCGAAGUCGCAAGACUUUCAAGAGGAGUGGAACCAUGCAGAAGGAAAUGGAGCAGGGGGGCAAAUUGUUUUUCGACCUCUUUGUGGCCAUGUGCAAUCACAUCGAUGACAUCGUCGAGAUCAGGUAA